AUGACAGUGGCUGAACUGAUGAGGGAUCCUAGAGGAUCUAACUCUUCUCUUACUUUGGAACUGGAACUGAUAAUAUUGUCUGACUUAAAUAAAGGGAAAGGAAUAGUCUUUAGCUACAAUGAGGACAAGAAGAGUAACCAGAAAGAGAGUACGAGUGAGAAAGGGGAGAAGUUGCUUAAGGAUGCUAUUGGGAGUGGCAUAGCUAACUCAAAGAAAACUUUAAAUGGAGGAAUCCAAUCUAAUGAUGCCUUCAAUCUGAAUUACUCUGGUAAUCCUUCAUUUUCUGAUUCUCCAACAAAUUGGCUUCUAUGA